CGCAUGCAGUUUCACCUUGACUACUAGACUUCAUCCAUACAAGAUCCCACACCUCGACAUCAUUCCCUCAUACAAGCAGACAAUGGCUACCCAUCUCGCUGCUGUUUCUCAGGCCAAAGGUACACCCUUCGAGAUCCAAGCCCGUCCCACGCCAAAACCAGGUCCCGACGAGCUUCUCAUCGCGGUCAAAUCCAUCGCUCUCAACCCAGCAGACGGCAUCAUGCAGGACCAAGGCCUCUUCAUUCCCACCUACCCCACAGUCAUCGGCUUCGACUUCUCAGGGCUCGUCGUCGAGGUCGGCGACAACGUCCCCAUAGAAGAUCCGGGCCCUUGUUUCCAGCCGGGCAUCACCCGCGUCGCCGCCUAUGCCGCCUCCGCCUGGAAGUCCUGUGAUCCGAACUAUGGUGCUUUUCAGGAGCGGUGUCUUGUUCCCUGGCAGCAUGCUUUGAUUCUUCCAGGGGGGAUAUCUUGGAACCACGCGGCAACCAUGCCGGUCGCGGGACAGGUACCGCUUAGCGCGUGGGAUAUGAUGGGCAUUCCACGGGUGGGAGAUUCCUCUGCUUCUUCUAGACAAAAGACAAAUGUCUUAUUGAUCUGGGGUGCUUCCUCAAGCGUCGGCACAAUGGGCGUGCAAACCGCCCGGAUACUACGGGACGAUCAUAACUCUUCGUUCGCAGCUGUAUACGCCACAGCUGGCGCGGCGAAUCAGGAGUACGUCGCCUCUCUAGGUGCAGAUCGCGUUUUCGAUUACAAAGACCCGCAGGUGGUGGAUGCCGUUGUUUCUGCGGCCAGAAAGGACGGUCUAGUGAUUCGGUACUGCUUUCUUGCGACAGGGCAACUAGCGGCCUGUCAGGCCGUGCUGAAGGCUUUUGCUCGGGACGAUCAGAAGGCGAAGAUCGGGUCGGCGCCCAUCAUUCCUCCGGACGCAGAAGACGUGGACGGCGUGGAAACCAUCUUUGUGAUGCCGUCGAUGGACGAAGAACAGAGAUUGACUCAGUUUAGAUACUGGAUGGGUACAUUGAGGGAGAACCUGGCCAAGGAGACAAUCAGGCCGAGUCCAGAGCCCAGGGUCCUGGGAAAGGGCUUGGGGUUGAUUGAUGCCGGUUUGGAUAUGAUACGACGGGGGGUGAGUUGUGCUAAGUUGGUGGUUGAGGUUGGGGAGUGAGAAUUGAUACGAAGGGUUGAUAUAGGUG